AUGAAUUCAAAUAGUGGAAUUGUAACAGGGUUGGCAACAGUCGGUACGAUACUGUGGUGUGUUCAAUUGAUCCCACAAAUUAUUUCAAAUUAUAGAAAAAAAGAUUGCACAGGGCUUCCGCCCUUAAUGAUGUUCUUAUGGGUUGUGUCGGGUAUACCGUUUGGUAUCUAUUUUUGUAUAAUGAAUACAGAAAUUAUUUUCCAAAUUCAACCUCAUUUAUUUAUGUUUUUUUGCAGCAUAAGUUUCUUUCAAACAAUAUACUAUCCACCGGUCAAAUUACCAAAAUGGAAAAUCCUUGCAAUUGCUGGCUCACUUUUGGUGGUUGAUUUAGCAACAGAAUUGGGGUUUAUUCUUUGGUUGAAGCCUGUUUACAAAAAUGGUACUCAUUGGCCCGCAUUAAUAUUUGGUAUAUUAGCAUCCAUUUUGUUGGCGAUAGGUCUCUUACCACCUUAUUUUGAACUAGCAAAAAGGAAAGGAAGGGUAGUAGGAAUCAAUUUUAUAUUUCUCACAUUGGAUAGUAUGGGCGCUUAUUUCUCUAUUGCUAGUGUUGCUGUAGGAGAUAGAAAUGUUCUUAGUUUAAUUUUAUAUGCCAUAGUUGGUUUCUUAGAAUUAGGCAUAUUUGUUUCUCAGUUUAUUUGGUUAUUCCGGUUUAGAUGGUUCAGAAAGGGUCAUACCCAGGAAUCCGUCGAAAACGAGAGUAACGAUGAGUUUACAACUGUUGAUGAUCAGACCACAGAGGAGGAGCAUAUUUUUGUAGACUUAGAGAAACAAAAAUAUCAUGAGGAUACAAAAUAA